GGUUUCGGUGCCCCACGUCUUGUUCCACCGCCUCUCAAAUUCUUGUUUCCACCGAUGAAGGCGAUGUUAUCGGCUAUCCGGCGAUCAGCGAUCCGGCGGCGCAGCGUUGCUACCGUGUUCUGCGGCGGCGCGGGGGGAGCGUGCGGCGGCGAGAAAGGCGGGGGGCCGGCCGGCGUCGGGCCCGGGGUGCUCGGGAAGGCGGCGGCCGGGAUCUUGGCUGCCGGAGGGUCUAUCCUGGCCCUGUGGAUGUUCUCUUCUUCAUCUUUCGCUGAAUCCGCGUCGGACCGGAGCGAUCCCCAGCAUGAGAUCGUGUUUCGGAAGCCAAAGCAAGACAAGAAAUCUAAAUUUCUCCUCGGAGAUUCGUAUCGCAGAAGGGUGUUUUUUAACUAUGAGAGACGGAUAAGGAUGCUAAGUCCUCCUGAAAAGAUUUUUGAAUACUUUGCAUCUGUUCGGAGUCCAGAAGGGGAAAUAUAUAUGUUACCCACAGAUUUGAUGAGAGCGAUUGUGCCUGUAUUUCCUCCAUCAGAAUCAAAUAUUAUUAGAGAAGGACAUCUUAGAGGCGAGCGUCAUCCUAGCGAGUUGCACUGUGCUCCAUCUCCCUUUUUCAUGCUUUUUGAUACUAAUAAUGAUGGACUGAUAUCCUUCCCAGAGUAUAUCUUUUUUGUGACAUUGCUUAGCAUUCCUAUAUCAAGCUUUAGUGUGACUUUUAAAAUGUUUGAUCUCGACACUAAUGGAGAGAUAGAAAGAGAAGAGUUUAAGAAAGUGAUGGCAUUGCUGCGUUCAUAUAAUAGACAAGGAGCCAGUCAUAGGGAUGGACGUCGUACUGGUCUGAAAGUUGGUGGAUCUGUAGAAAAUGGGGGUCUAGUGGAGUAUUUCUUUGGCAAGGAUGGAAAGGGACACCUCCAACAUGAUAAAUUUGUUCAUUUUCUGAGGGACUUGCAUGAUGAGAUUGUGCGCUUGGAGUUUGCUCAUUAUGACUUCAAGUCAAGAGGAACCAUUUCUGCCAAGGAUUUUGCAUUGUCUAUGGUAGCUUGUGCUGACUUGAACCAUAUAAACAUGUUUCUUGAUAGAGUAGAUGAAUUGAACAAUAACCCACACCUCCGAGAUAUGCGCAUUACCUUUGAGGAAUUUAAGACUUUUGCGGAGCUACGAGACAGAUUACAAGCAUUGACUUUAGCAAUAUUCGGUUAUGGCAAAGUAAAUGGUUUGUUGACAAAGCAAGAUUUCAAAAGAGCAGCAUCCCAUGUCUGCAAUCUCUCUGUGACUGACAAUGUUGUUGACGUCAUUUUCCACGUAUUUGAUGCAAAUUGUGAUGGAAAUUUAAGCUCGGAGGAGUUUGUAAGAGCUUUACAGAAGCGCGAAAGUGCCAUUCGCCAGCCAACUGCAACAGGUCUUGCAGGGCUGUUGUCUUGCUGGUUGAAUUGCAAAAGGUGUUCCGUACCUCAAAUCCCUAUGUAGAUCUUGGCGCAGUCUGCUGUUGCACCAAGCUGGACUCACUAGAGUAGGAGGAUCUCACUCGUUUCAGUAAUGUUGGUGGAUUAGGGGGAUGGUUUAGUUGAUAAUCUCGUAUCAAGGGUCAGGAGAUGCUUUUAAUGUUGGGACGCCAGAAGUCAUAUGGAACCUCUUUGGCAGUUGGCACCACUGUAGGGGUAUGCCUGCUCGAGUUCAGAUCCUCUAAUUGUAUAUGUUUUAGCUGUAAAUAUCUAGAGGUCAUCCAUCUCGGAAAUGGAUGGCUUUUGCUUACCUCGGGAAUAGAAAGCACUAUAUUGGGUGCUGAACAUGGCAGGUUGCAAGAUGAGCAAUAGCUGUGCAUUUCCAAGAUGGAUGACAUGGUGGCUGCUAGGCAACCCUCUUUCGUGCAAAACACGCGCCAUAAAGGAUCCUAGUUCAUGCCUACUCUUUUGUAUAUAUUACUUAUGUAGGUGGUUGUGGCUCUCCUCAACUGUAUUUAUAUGUGAUCUUUUUGUAAUUUAUUUGUUAUUCAAUGCUUCAUCUCUUGCCUUUCUUGAA